CAUUCAUCUCACAACUCAUCGGGUCUGCAAUUUUGCAACUUCAUCGUUCCCCCGAUUUCCAUCUUCCAUCCUUUCUGCUAAACCUCCUACCCCCCGUCUCAGCUUGCUGAAUAUCUCUUCUCAUUUGCUUUUCAAAAUCAGAGCUUUUGGCCUUAGGCUUUUUGCCGUUGGCAGCUCUAUGAACUGGGUGACCUUGCUCUACUGUCUUCUGCCAAGUUGAGCAAGCUCUCUCAUAAUGGCAGAUCCUGGCGGCUUUGAUACGGCUGGAAACAAUACGAUUCAGUCUCUGUUCGCUCAAUUGCGGGCGAAUCAGCAACAGCAAAAUGCUUCUCGUGGCGUUUCAGCGACGCUGCCUCAAGCUGAUCCGUAUGCUCACGGCGGAUUUUCAUCGCAGCAGUUGCCACAGCACUCCACUCUAUCUCAUGGCUAUCAUGCUCCGACUGCAUCGUCUCCGAUAGUCUCUCCGCAUCCUCAGUAUCCUCAGCCGCGACACCAUUCAGCCAUUUUAAGCCCAAAUCUCCCUUCCCCGGUUGUUGAAAGCCAUGGAUUCCCCCCUGGCCAGUCAAACGCUGAUCGAACUGCGAGUUUGCUGAACUUGCUCAAGUUUAAUCAGCCAUCAUCUGGUGGACAGGAACCUGGCUCAAUUGCUUAUCCUCAUACGCAGGUGGAUCGGAGGGCGUCCAUCCAACAUGCCAGUGGUCGACCUCAGCAUGGGAGAGAAAUCUCCGCAUCCGAUCUUGUGGCUUCAUUCAUGUCUAAAUCGGGACCUCCUGACACUCAAAAUCCUGAAGGAAUGCCCCAAUUGCUGCCGAAGCCUCAGACUGCUGCGGAGCCUUCCAAACAGCCAGACAAUCCCCAAGACUUUCUACUCAAGUUGCUCAAUCGUCCCAAGCCAGCGCAGCAAGAGUCCGCCCCUCCUCUACGGAAAGAAACAUCGUCGAUCAAAUCAUUGGAGAAUGAACCUCCUGAAGGAGCAGUCAAUAGGCUUGCUGCGAACAUUGCCAAUGCCGCCCCUAGAACGACGUCGCCGCAGGCUGCAGAGGAGCCGAACUCUCCUAAGCUAAAGAAUCCUCCCCUGCGAAUCUUUGGGGAAGACAGCAGCUUUCCCCAGCCGUCGACUUCAGAAAUUGAACCAGGCUCGAAAAGGACCUCGUCUCUGUUCACCUAUGUCAAUCCAUUUGAACAGCUUGCUGCUUCUUCGCCACGCAAUCGCACGCCAAAGAUGGACCAGCCCAGGUCCGGAGCUGGCACCCCGGCGAUCGGUAUUCAAAAGCCAAUUCGCGACGACGCUGUCAUUGCGGUGAAUGGAGACGAUAACAAGCGGAAAAACAACGAGAUUUCUAGCGGGCCCUCAGAACCGUCCGUCGAGAAGGCGACGAAUGUUGAUGAAGCUCCAGCCUCCGUUGCUUCGCCAGCGCCUUCUCUUCUUCCAGAUGGACGAAGUAAAUUAGAGGCUUUGAUGGGGAUUGGAGCCGAUACUCGAAAUGCAGCGUCUGUAGCGGGCGCUUUGAGCGAGGUUGAGGGACAAAUUGACCAGCAGGUCGAGGAAGCUCUGCUGAAAGCAGAGCAGGAACAAGAAGCCAAUGACAAUGAAACUCUCAAACCAGAGAGCAGUACAGACUUGAAAGCAUCUGACGAACCGGAAUUAGAGGACGAGCUGCACGAUCUUGCCGCUGAUGUCAAGCAAGAGCUGGAGAAAGAAGAUAACAAUGGUGCGCUGGAAGAGGCCAUGCCAGCCCCGGUCGCUGAAGCUGUCAAGGACGUUAUCGAGGAUCUCGCUCAUGGUAAUGUGGCUGAUAGCUGGGAGAGUGCCGAUGGUGGGGAAAGCACUGCGGAAGAAGGACAGAAGCGGAUCGUUACCGUGUACAACUUCCCCAUGAGACCUUUUGUCUCUAUCACUAUCAAAUCGAGUCACCAGCAAGCCUUGCAGUUGCGCCAGGAUUCCGUCAUGGAUAUUGCGCGUUUAAAGAAAGAGUUUGACCAGGUCGAUCGAACACUGGCUACUUCGACCAACAAUUUUAUAGUCUACGCCAUGUCAAAAAGCGGCGGCCUUCGAAUCAUUCGACAGGACGAUGGCAAAGACAAGCAGAUCUUCCGUACAACACAAGACCGAAUCUUUUCUGUCACCCUCUCAACAGCUCCACCUGGCUCCCCAGCAGCGGGCACAGAGGCUGUUCUUGCAACGGGAGUCAGCGGCUCUGUGUACUGGACUACCUUGCUAAACCCUUCUGAAGAUAUCUUUGAGGACGAUGAUGUUGGCAGCAAGGGACUUGUUCUCCCCCCAAUGCCGGCUCAUGACGAUAAUACAUCUGGUGGCCAGCUAAAGACCAGGGCGAAGAAGAGCUCGCGUCAUCCCGAAUAUUUUGCCAUUGGGCGAGGACGAUCUAUUCACGUGGUUUGGCCGCUUGUUGCGGGCUCCUCCAAAUAUCUUGUCAAGGGCAAGAGCAGGAUUGUGGACAGUGAGAAAUAUUUCAAUGAGCGUUGUUUGAAGAUUACUACAGGCAAAGCCGGCAAAGAUUUUACUUUUAGCGAGGAUGACACCCUGAUCGUCUCUCUAGACAAAGCUGGCCGCCUCCGGUUUUGGGAUAUCCGCCCACUUGUGGACCCAAUUAACGGAACUCAGACGAAGAUCGCACCUAUUGAAGUCAAGGUUCCACUGAUGACGCUUUUCACCAUUGCACCUUCGGAAAAAUCUUGGCCAACGUCUGUUCUUUUCGUGGACAAAUAUCGACCUUAUACCAAGGGCAUAGCAUUGCGAUACCUGCUAGUUGGCAUGAAGCAGAAUCAUACAUUCCAAUUGUGGGAUUUAGCUCUUGGGAAGGCAGUCCAGGAAUUGAACUUUCCUCACGAGAACGAAUCAGAUGCUAUCUGUAGCGUGUCUUAUCACCCGAAUUCUGGGAUCAUCGUCGUCGGACAUCCCACACGUAAUUCGAUCUUCUUCGUCCACCUCUCAGCCCCAAAGUACAACCUCCCUGCUAUGAGCCAGGCAAAAUACAUUCAGAAGCUUGCUACAAGCGAUGACUCUAUCCCUAAGCCGGACGCCACGGCAAUUAUGAGCGGUCUGAGGGAGGUGUCUUUUGACUCCAAGGGACAACUUCGAAGUGUUGAUAUGCUACCUACGCCUGCAAUAUCCUUGGACGUAUCAGACAGAGAAGAUCCCGUCUUGUUUGAGCUCUAUGCCAUGCAUUCCAAAGGUGUCACCUGCCUUAACAUCAAAAGAGAGGACCUUGGAUGGAGCAAAGAGAAUAAGGUACUUCGUCCUGUGGAUGCCGAAAUCGAGGGCGUUAUUUCGGUGAAAGAUCUUCGAGACCUGCCUCCGGUUGUUUCAAACGAGGCGCCAUCAACAGUCUCUGAGGGCCCUGCUGUACCUUCAACUUUGCGUACUGCGCCAGCUGGCUCGAAGGGCCUUCCGAAAGAGAUUGUCAAGAAGGAGGCGCCUCUAAGUCCUCGGCCCACCACCCCUUUGACAUCCGAAGCCACCGUGAUUGCAUCCACUCUGGCGAGAGUUGAGAGCAAACAAGAUGCUGCACGAGCCGCUACAAUGAACGGCAACAGAGACAUCGGCGGCGGUGACAAGGGCGAGAAACGGAAGAAGAAGCGGGCGGAAGCCAUCGCACGUGGAGUCGAUCAACCGAGCUCUGCAGUUACUAAUGGAGAAAAUACAACGCCUUCAACUGAGCCGUCAUUGAAUUCGUUCAUGGCACCGGCAGAUGCCUCCAAGAUGAAUGCAAAAAAUGCAUCGGAAACGAUUGGUAGUCCUACGCCAAACAUCUCCAGUCGACCUGUGGCUGCUGAAGAGUCUAUCAAUCUUGGCAUAUCGGGAGAAUGGCUCAACAAAGAACUUGUGAAAAUUGAAAAGGGUGUGUCAGCUGAAUUUGGACGCGUUCUAGGAAGGGAGUUGGAUGAGAUCUACCGCCGUUUUGAUGCGGACAAGCGAGCAUUGGAUGCUGCGUCAGCUGCGAAGCACGAUGCGGUGUUGCGUCUGGUAUCCAGUACACUCUCGGAGAAUGUCGAGAAGAAUCUGGCUCGAAUGAUUGGAACAAGCAUUGAACAGGUUGUUCUACCUUCGGUGGCGGACACUGCAGCGGUGACUUUGGAUCGCAGACUUUCAGAUGGACUUACACAAAAUCUCCACCAAUCAAUCCCUCUUGAAUUGAGACGGGCCCUUCCCGAUGCCAUUGCUAAAGCGCUACAAGGGCCUGAAGUACUACGGGCCAUUUCGGAUCUGGUUGCCGGCAGGAUAGCCUCUCAAGUUGAAAGCGAGUUCACGUCAGUGCUCCACAAUACAAUUACUCCGGCAUUUAAAAGUCUUGCUAUUUCUACAGCACAGAAAAUGGCCGGAGAUGUUGAGAGACGGGUUGGGGAACAAAUUCGAAAGUCGGAUAUACAACGCCAUAAUGACAGCCUGAAGAUCGAUCAACUAACAAACCUUGUUCGGGGUCUCUCAGAGACAGUACAUACCAUGGCAACGGCGCAGUCAGACUUUCAGAGUGAAAUCCUGAAGUUGCAGCGAAGCUUGGUACAAAACCACGACGAGUCGACGGCCAGAACUGCAUCAGUUGAACAUCGUCACCCGAGCUCUUCCCAGGCGGAGGAGUACGAAGAAAAGAGCGAAGAGCAACAAGAGCUUGAAACCAUUGCUUCACUCAUGAGAGAAGGAAAUUUUGAGGAGGGUACUAUUCAAUGGCUGCAAUCUUCUCACCAGGCUGAGCUCUUUGAUCGCUUCUUCGUUCGUUGCAACCCUGAAUACAUGCGUUCCUUGUCGCCUCUGGUUACGCUGUCAGUUUCAGCCGCGGUAACAUCUUCUCUGAAUGAUAAUUUGUUGGAAAGGUUUCACUGGCUAGAAACUAUUUUCGCUACGCUUGAUACUCGAGAUCCCGAUAUUCUUGAGGUAGCUCCGAAAAUAAUGGAUGUUUUGAGUCAACGGCUCGAAGGACUCUACAUGCGUAUCGCUGAGACGAAUCCGCAUGACCCUGCCUUGAGGAUGAUCCCGCCUUUGGCUCGACGGGCCCGUGACCUCAAGUCCACUGUGGGAUGAUGAGAUUCCAGGCAAUCUGCCUUGAGGCUUGUCAAAGUUGAGCCAUUUUUUAUAUCAGUCCAACUGCUUUCCCUGUCCGCUCAUGCUUAGUGAGCCCGUCUAGGUUGAAAGGAUGUCCCUAUUGCAAUUUUAAAUUCGAACCGAUCUUUACCCACUGGUCAAGGGUCAUUUCGGUGGUUCGAUCGGGCAUUUUGACGAUUCUGAAGCGCUGCCAUCAUCGGGUACUCUCACAUUCACAUUUACCUUCCUGUGUGC